AAGAGUGGCAUUUUGCGUGUCUGCGGGUGCUGUUGUCAUUGAUAAAGAUGAAGAUCGUUGAGUAACAGAUGGACGGACAAUAACGUCGCGAUCAACGAAUCUGGACCGUCCACGUAGCGACCCAAGGUCUGAGAAUCAGGUUCGGUUCCGGUCCCUCUUCCAAACCAACGAUCUGCCACUGCGACAAACGAGACUCGGAAAUUUAACGAAGGAGCAUUCCAUGGAAAUCGGCGACGAACAAAACGAAGAUCAAUAACAAUCUCAGAGCCUCAAAAUUCGUUACAUCAACUUUCGCUUCCACUCCUAAUCUCCCAACCUGACACUUGCGUUUUUCUUUCAGGUCAACUUUCGAAGCUGAUCGUUUAAAACAUUUCGGAUCGAAUUAACGAUUAGUCGCACUGCUAUUGCUUUCGAUUAUUGCUGGCAUCUUUAAAGGAGAAUCGCUCGUUAAACUGAAAUGCCUUCAGUUUACUUGGGAGAUAGGGUGGAUAGUUCUAACUCGAGCAUGAGCUCUAAUUCUAAAGAAAGCAGUGUUGUUGUCACUGGGAAGAAAACAUACAAAAAACUUCUGGUUGCAUCACGGCCUAAAGGCUUUGCUCAGAAAAAUUAUGAACACCUUGUGUCAUUAACCCAUGGUAACUUUGGAAGCAGCACUGUGGGUCGUGUCACUCUUUUUUUACUCAAAGUUGCUGCAUUAGAGACCGUCAGAAGAUUCUCCAAGAGUAAAUGUCCGAUUGUAUGGCGAGGUCUGCAAGGUCUUCAAAUUCUUGUCUAUCCACCGUUCAAAUGGAUUCAGAAGUGGGCACUCUUCAGGGGUUUGGUGAAAAGCAUGCAGGCACUUUCGAGACCAUUAUUAGUCCUUUCGAUUGCAACAGUCUUUACUGAUCAACUGCAAAGUAGUGAUGGAACCUCAGAUUGUGUUACUGAUUCCAAUGAUUCUGAACUAUCGGCAGAAUUAUCUCCUGCGCAGGCUAAUUUGAAUACAAGUCCUCGUGAGAUAGCUCCUGAAGUUUUAGAAUAUGAAAACUGGUUGACUCUACUCAAGAAAGAGCUGGAAAAACAAGGGAUUAGUUUGCCAGAAAGAAUCAAUGAUGAUGAACUCCACAGAUUUUACACAGCUUCUAAUAACGACUUUUCAUGCUUCUUUACUUCAAUCAAGAAGACAAUACGCUGGCGGGAAAGUUACAGAUUUCUUUCAGUAGAAGAGCUGGAGGUGUGGUCAAAUAUGGUGUUCUGGCAUGGAUCUGAUUUGUUGCACAGACCUUGCCUCAUUGUAAGGCUUGGGAUAGCUUGUAGCUCCUUGGCGUCUGAAGAUAGACACCAAUUUGCUCAGGCUGUUGUAUCACAGGUAGAAUAUGGAGUCUUGCACUUGCUUGAUGCAGACAACCCUCAAAUUACAGUAUUGGUGGACUGUGAAGGGUUAUCUCCAUUGAGAAUUCCUAUGAAAAUGUUAAGAUCAUGUUCCUCCCUUCUGCAAAAUCACUUUCCUAAUCGUCUUGGUGGUUUGUUUAUCAUCCGACUUCCAGCAAUUGUUCGUGUUAUUGCCCAGACUUUUCUUCAGGUUUUAAAGCCAACUACCAGGAAGAAGUUGAAAUUAGGGGGGGAGAGAUAUCAGAAGGUACUUUAUGACAAUUUGCCCACGCUACCAUCAUAUCUUGGAGGCUGCUGCACUUGCAUGAGAUGUUCUAAAAUGGGCAACUGGGAUAUGCUACAAAAUCAUGCGACUGGAACCAGCAGGAUUGAUAGGGUGGAGGAUAUCAUUGACAAUGAGGGUUUGCCAUCACUGCAUUCAUCUAAUGAAUUAGAUGGCCGCCAAAUCAGCAAUUCUGACCAGAUGUUGAAAACUGCUAUCAUAAGUAUUCUCAUAUUUUGGGUUUUCAUAGCUCUUGGUGCUGGAAUUUACAACCCUGGUAGUCGACAAUUAUCUCCGUAACCUAAGAUUGGCCAAAUUAGUUUUAUUCUCUUGUUGAAUAAAAUUUUAGAGUACACGUCUAGUUAGAUUGUGUUUCUGAAUUUGGAGCUGGUGUUAUCCAAAGUUCCGAACAGUAAAUGUCCACUGUUUCAGAUUCUUCAGAUUAGAUCUCCGGUUAUGGCUUGAACAGCUGCAUUGUAUAAUCGUUUUUGGGUUUUAUAAAUUUUGUUGUCCAAAACUCCAAAUAGAAUCAUAUCAGAGAUUUCAUGUUGCCGCA